AUGGUUCGUUCAAUUCCAAUAUUCCAUGAAAGUGAGAGCUUCUCAGCGAUCGCGGUAGCGUUGGGGCUGUUUGUUUCGGUCUCUGUUUUGGUAGGUUUGUGUGCGAAGCAUGCAAAGCAAAUUGGUCGGAAGGAGAGUUCGAAAAGCGGGCAUCCGCUGCCGUCGCCGAAGCAGCUGAUGUCGGCGAUAAGCCAGAAGGCCAUAUCGCCGUUAAUCCACGGCAAGAAGUCGGCGGCGGCGGCGGAUUCCGGCGAGGAGAAUGGGGUGUGGCAGAAGGCGAUCUUGAUGGGGGAGAAGUGCCAGCCGCCUGAAUUCUCCGGCGUCAUCUACUACGAUUACGACGGAAAGAGGAUUCCGGAGAUGCCAAAGUCGCCGCGCCACGGCUCCAUGACGCCGUUGAAGAAUAUUAGUUUUCCGCCGCAGAAAAAUGACGCCUCUGUUUAUUGA